GUGAAGGCGGGGAGCAUUUCGCUCGGUUAGUCUGCUGAUUAGCAACAAACAGAAGGUUACGAGUUUGAAAAAUUGGACUAUUUGAUUACUAGGCCGGCUUUGUGGCGACUGGAGCGGAGUGAACUAUGUCGGGUGUUUGACCGGAGCUUGUUGGCUCGCUUUUGAAGGGGUCCGGCGGUGAUUAUUGCAACAUUUUCGAGCUGGUCGGGGGAGACAGCCUCGCUUUUAGGUCGUCCAAGUCGCGAUGCUGAGCUGAUAGCUGCGUCAUCAUGUUGCUUCCGACUCGAGUUGGCGAAAAGAAAUCACAAGUUAACGCCAGAGGUGAGGCUGCCCGCCGUCAUCCAUCCCCAGAGGCCACUCCCGACCUCUGAGACAGAUGGAAGACGGACUGCCGGCGAGAGGUUAACGGAGAAGCCCGUUUACGCGGUCGUUGUGGUGACUUUACAUCACUUGGAUUGGCGUUGUUGGCGCGAUACUCUCCUGGUUUAUCAUCCACAUUUAGAAGGACAUAAGGAAUCAAUUUAUGGUUGCCUAGAAUUCGAAACCGAGAAAUUGCUCAGAAAUUUGACCAAAUGUGUCCCAAUGAGGAAGUGUAACUAUUACAUAUUUAGGGAUGUUUGGAUAGAGAGAAGUGAUGCUCUCAUUGACAGCAAAGGUACAAAGCAGGGGCAGGGAACUGCGGCUGAUUCCCGUCUGACUUUUCUUCUGCUUUUGAAGCCACAAUGGAGAGGCGUUAAUUUUUGAGAAUUUGCUCUGUAUAGUACACUAGAUUGUAACAGACUUGUAGCUGGGUGUUAGAGUGUGUUUUCGUGGCUCUGUCGUCCUUUAUCACCCCAUCCACGUGGACUUUGUUUCACGUCGGUGAGUAAAGUUUCCUUCUGAGACCACAAAGUUGCAUCUCUAUAUCGGAAUAUAAAUCCACUAAAAAGAGAGAAAGGAAUGGCCUGCGACUGCUCCCACACCAACGCCCAGUACGAAAACGCAGAGACGUUUUGCCCCUCCAAGCCCUGGUUGGAUGGAGACGGAGAGCAACCCGGUGAGAAGGAGUCAGCGGGGGACUCGGAUGGGCGUGGAGCCACCGCACGGUGGUCCCCCAACUUUGAGGUGAUAGACGGGCUGCUAUAUCGAAAGAAACUGGAAAGGGGCUUUAUCAACUACCGGGAAGUUUUGAAUGAGGACCGAAGACAUGAGGCCAUCUCCACCUUCCACCGACGGCGACCGGGCCAGCGCCACUUCUCACUGGAAGAGACCUACAAAUGCGUGGCUGAAAACUACUGGUGGGAGGGGAUGUACUUCCAGAUCAGAGACUUUGUCCUCAGCUGUCCAGAGUGUCAGCACAACAAGAAAUCAGAGGAUCCAGGUGGCAGAGGAUGUGUCACAAAGACGGUAGCAUCGCACAGCUCCGACAUGCUGAGCAAGCUGAGGAGUCAGCGUGAGGCGGGGCAGUUCUGUGACAUCACCCUGCGGACGAGCGGGCGCUCCUUCUUGGCACACAGAGCUGUUCUGGCGGCCGUCAGUGAUCACUUUCAGGAGAUCUUCACGGAAAUGGACUUGAGCAUGAAGGCAGACAUAGAUCUCACAGGUUUCAGCGAGGAUAGCCUUCUCUCUCUGCUGGAUUUCUCCUAUUCCUCCACUCUGUGUGUUCGCCGCGAGGAUCUACCUGAAGUCAUCGCCAUGGCCCGCCACCUGGGCAUGUGGCCUGCAGUGGAAGCCUGCUCUGCCCUCAUUAAAGAGCAGGAACAGCAACUGCAUCUGGGCUUAGCCUGUGCUGGUGCGUGCCGUGAGCGUCAGUACCAGCAGAGAGAAAGCAAAAGGAAAAGGGUUUUGGGAUUGGAGGACAAUGUGAAUGACUGCUUCAAUCUAACACUGGAUGCAUCAGAUGAGUCUUUUGAAGGAAGUCCCAGCCGCAAUUUGCGCAGAACGCCAAAACCACAAGGCCACAACGGCCUCCCUCUGAGUCCCUCACACAGGAUGAAGCUCAUGGACUUUAAAUCCCCCUCUUCAAAAAAGGCUGCCACAUCUCGAAAUGCCAUACCCACCCCACAGUCACAGAAUUACCCACCUGUAUCUCCAUCAAACACUCGGCUGCUCCGCUCCACUCCUGGAGCUGCCAAGCAGGUUCAGAGAUUGCUGCCAAUGUCAGAGACCUCUCAAAAAAACAAAAAAUCUCAUCCCAUCUCCCAGCUCUCCUGCACAUCUAGAUUGAGGCCCGGCACUGUGUGCAGUCCUGUAAGGGUUAAGCAGGAAGUUGAGGAGGUUGGCGAGGAUGAAGAGGAUUAUGCCAGAGCACAGGAAAAGUACAAGUUGAUGAAUGUUCUGGGGUUACAAAGGACUGCUCUCCUCCCCAGACCAGAAGAUCUUAUUGGCUGGAGACAAAAGAAGCGACUAAGGAAGCUGAAGGCCAACAACUAUUCACUGACCAAGCGGCGGAAACCCCGUUCACCAUCCCCGGGACUGUCUUAUGGGGAUGUGACACUGGCGCUUCCCCUGUGCAACCCUGUCAACACCCACCUUCUGCACAAGCCUGUGAAGACCAAACCUGGCGCACCAGCUAGCGCAGAGAAGGUUACAGCUAAGAGGCCAAAAACCACCCUGCAGCGUGUUCCUCCCAGUGAUAGGAGCAUGCGAAGUAAAGGGGUGUUGCCCGACAUGUUCCAGCCUACAUCCAGGCCUGCCUUUGGGGGGAGGCAACUCAGACAAUCCGUGAGGAAGGGUGACGGUGCCCACCUUCAUGCCCAGCAGCCUCUGCGACGCAGCCCCAAAAAGAAUAUAGUGAGAAACAAAGUCAGGAUCAAAUCCGAACCGGCUGAAUACGCUCUCUCAGGUCUCUUUUCAUCAAACAACCGCUGUGGCCCCACACCCCACAAAUCGUUACCUUCACAGAAGAUAAAGGCUAGAAACAAGGUUGCUGUAGAGACAGUCAGAACACUGCGUUACAACAGCGGCCGACCGGCAGCAAAGGCUAAACUCAGACGGGGCUCCACAAAGGAGGUGAAGAAGGCGAGGUGUGGUCCCAGAGAGGAGGUAAGGAAGGUGGGAAACCAGGGGCUGAGAGGAGCCAUGGACACUAGACCAAAAGUGAAAGAAAAUAAACCUGAUGGGCUGCAGUUUUCAGAGCAAGCGCCUCCACCGUCCAUCUAUAACCACCCUCUGUACAAAGUCAUUAAAGAGGAACCAGCAGAACCUGUGCCAGUUGUAGGACCUUUCCCUGACCCUCCCUCACCAGACCUGGGCAAACGCCAGAGCAAGCCCCCCAUCAAGUUGCUGGACUCGGGCUUUCUGUUCAGCUUCUGUCGGCCAGCAGGGGGGCCCAUCACCGGACUGAAGAAAGAGGAGGAGAGUGUUGAUAUCUGCUUAACACGCUCUGUGUCACAAGUUGGAGAGAAAUUUGAAGCAGAAGAGUCCCCCCACAGGACUCUGAGAGCCAGAGGGCCACCCAUCCUUCCGCUGGUGAAGAGGGAGAGAGAGGAGAGGAAAGUGACCCAAGUUAAAGGCCAGAGACCCAGGCCUAACCCUCGAAACACGUUACCUCUAGCCAGAUGUGCUAGGUCAAAAACUGCAGGGACCAUGCCAAAGCAACAAGGUAAACUCCUUGCUCUGAGCAGUCGGAGCUGUGCCGUGCUGGAUGCUGUACGUCGGGCACGACUAAAGCAGCUCAGAGGGCCUCGUAGUCAAGCCCCCAAAGUUCCAAAAUCAGCCCACGCCUGUCUGCAGUGCUCCGCCACCUACAAGGAUUGUGAUGCUCUAAUUAUGCAUCGCCUCAGGCACAUUGAGGGCAAACACUGGCCAUGUCUGCUCUGCAGUAAGACGUUCUUUCGACUAAGGAAUGUACGGAAUCACAUCCGCACCCACGACCCCAAGUUGUACAAAUGCCGGAGCUGCAUUGCUGCCGGUUCGUGAGGCAGCUGGAGGGCCUGCUCGUGCACUGAGACUAAGGAUGAAGGCUGUCAGUGUCUCAACGCCAGGGAACGGGCUGGAGCCAGAGUCACAUGAUCGAUCUGCAGCGUGUACAUAAUGCGUCCACCACACACAAGCACAACGGCCUGUGGAAAUUACUCGAGCUUCUAAUCAUUGCCGUUGCCAAUGAUUGCUAAUGUUAUUUAAAUAACCAAACCAAGGUUGCUGUUCCUGUUUGCUUUUUCGUAGACACAGAAGGUUAAACUUGAACAUUACACUCAGGGGGCGGGGAAUGUGAUGCCACGUUAUAAAGUGAUUUUUAACAUCACUGUUGUGUACAAUAUUGAAUUAUAAAGUGAUUGUUAUAACUAUUACUUCUACUUAUUGUCAUCUUUAUUUUUCUAUGUAUAGAUACAUUUGGAGUGCACUUAUAUCAUAACAUAUGUUGUAAACCUAAGAAGUAGUACUGAAAUCGAAGGUUUUGAGUUCAGAGCAGGAAUACUUGAAGUGGUGCAAGUGCUGGAGGGAAUACUUGAAGGUGGAGGUGGGAUUUAGGAGCGAGCCUUUCCUCGAGGUGUUUCAGUGGGUCUUUGUCUUUUGGUGUGAAAACUUUUAAAUGACUUGACUAGUCUUUCCCUCCUUUUGUAUUGAUCUGUUAAUCUCACCUAGUCCUUGAGUCUGGGGUUUGACUCGGGCGGGGGGUUGGUGUGGUGAAGCAACUGCAUGUGUAUUUCCAGGCUGUUUGUAGUCCCCCCCCCCC